CAUUCGCAUCUUCCCGUCCCGUCCCCGAGGCCAGUUUAUUCCUACAUCGUACAGCCAAAAAAGAAGGGGGAAAAGAGAUCGAGUCAAUUCUCUGUAAUCUUUUCUUUCUCGACCCUCACGACAACACCACACUACAUCAGCUCUUCCCAGCCAUGACUGCCCGGCGGGCAGCGACGCACUUCACCAGGAGCCUGUCGCAGGCAUCGGCGGCGUCCCCAGCUCUCCCUGGAUACCUAGGGGCCGCCCAAUCUCAAUCCCGAAGAUUAGCGACAGUGCCUCCUCCGGUUACACAGAAUGCUGCUGGAGCAAAGGGCCCAACGGCCAUGGUCUUUCUGAACAUGGGAGGACCAUCCACAACAGAUGAAGUGGGGGACUUUUUGAGCAGGCUCUUCGCAGACGGUGACCUGAUCCCUCUCGGCCGUCUUCAGAGCUACCUCGGACCCCUGAUUUCCAAACGACGAACACCCAAGAUAAAGCAGCAGUACGCAGACAUCGGCGGAGGCUCGCCGAUCCGCAAAUGGUCGGAAUACCAGAACGAGGAGAUGUGCAAGAUCCUCGACGAAAUCUCCCCGGAGACGGCGCCGCAUAAACCCUACGUCGCCUUCCGAUACGCCGAUCCCCUGACGGACGAAAUGUACACUCGACUACUGGACGACGGGUUUGGCAGGGGGAAAGGGGGCAGGGCCGUCGCUUUCACACAGUACCCGCAAUACUCGUGCUCGACGACGGGCAGCAGCCUCAACGAGCUGUGGAAAUGGCGCCAGCGGCUCGAGGGCAAGUCCGCGGCCGAUAGGACCAACGGCGACGGCGACGGCGACGGCACCAUUGCUUGGAGCGUCAUCGACCGAUGGCCCGUGCAUUCGGGGCUGGUGGAGGCUUUCGCGCGGAACAUCGAGAAGACGCUCGCCGAGUACCCGGAGGAGCGGCGCAACGAGGCGGUCCUGCUCUUCUCGGCCCACAGUCUCCCCAUGUCGGUUGUCAACAGGGGUGACCCGUACCCGGCCGAAGUGGCUGCGACGGUCUAUGCCGUCAUGCAGCGCCUGAACUUCUCCAACCCGUAUCGCCUCUGCUGGCAGUCGCAGGUCGGUCCUUCUGCUUGGCUGGGCCCUCAAACGUCUGAUACCGUCGAGGGUUAUAUCCACAAGGGUCAGAAGGAUCUGGUUCUUAUCCCCAUCGCCUUCACCUCGGACCACAUCGAAACACUGUUCGAGCUCGAUCAGGAGGUCAUUCCCGACUCUGGCCAUCCGGAGACCGUCAAGCGCGUGGAAAGCCUGAACGGCAACCCUCUUUUCAUCCGCGCCCUAGCCGACAUGGCCAAGGCGCACUUGGGCAGCGGGAUCUCCUGCUCGCCGCAGAUGGAACUGAGAUGCCCUGGCUGUAAGAGUGAGCGGUGUGCCGAAUCCAAGAAGUUUUUCAAAGGCCAGCAGUCAGCACUGGCAAGUGCAUGAGGGGAUAUUUUUUGGGGCUUUUUUGCAUCGUUUUGGGAUGUGUACUUUGUAUGUCUAAAAAAAGAAGGAGUGAAAAGGGCGUGUGUAUGAGAGGGUAUGAGAGAGUUGCACCACCGUCGUAUCGUCUCAAGAAGACUUUGUUUCCAUCACGCGUAGUUCGGGGCGGUAGAGUCAAUUCUCCCUCCUUCAUCGUCCUACCCUGACCAGACUGAUUUGCUUUUGCAACAGGACAAAGGUCGAGUCUGAAAUGUU